AUGAGAUUGCUCUUUGGUUUUAUAUGUGUGCUUCUUGCGGCAGGGCAGGUGGCAAGAUGCAGAGACAUGGCGUUCAAAGAGAUGCUGGCGUGCAAAAGCAGGCCUGUGGGGUGUGUGCGUGGAGAGGAUGUGUAUGUGAGCCCGGAGUGGGUGGGGCACCCGGUGUGUGUGUCCAGGCUUGUCUGGCUGGAGUACGUGUACAAUAUGCGGAGGUACUCGUGCGGGCUGGACACGAGCUUUAGCUUGGUGCCGAGCGAGCGAGUGGACGAAUACGGAGGAGAGGUGUACACAUAUGUGCGAGAGCCGGAGAAGGACAGGGCCCACCUUCCCGACAGCAUUGCGAGUGCAGCAGCGUUUGCAAGAGACGAAGGGUACAGCAUGCAGUUCCACCGGGCGCUGGUGCAUAUGUUCGGGCUGCAGAAAGACGGCGGGUCGACAUACGACUGCAUAGCGGUUGAAACUGGGCGGCCGUGCUCUUUCACAGAGUUUCUUUGGGAGAGCUGCAAAACUACAAAAGAGGCGCACUAUGUGCUGGCUGCGCUGGUCCUGCUGAGCGAGGGCAUUGACGUGCCGAUUCGGACCGCUGGGAACAAAGUGAUUGUAAAAAAAAGAAAAGACAGCGAGGACGUGCUGGUGGAUGUGUGCGUGCCAGCUGUGAAGAGUGGAGAAAGUCCGCCGUCCGAGACGUGGCAGGUGGUGAACUUCUUCAAGCGGUACAGAGGCAUAUACAGACUGCCAAGCACAUACGGAGAGUUUAAAACGGGAGACUUUCUGGAGAGCCCGCAGCUUCUUAUUCUCACGUACAUCAGAAAAUACGUGGAAAACGCGGAGGAGCUUAUGUCUGUGAUGGAGUGCAUGUUUGCGCUUAUGGAGGGCAUGGGUCUGGUGGAAAGCUUAAAAGACCCAGGCAGCGUGGUGAGCCGGCUGUUUGUGCCUGCGAGCCGGCUGCCUGAGGCUCAAGCGCAUCUCACGCCGUUUCUAGAGGGGCUUUCCGCUCUAGCGGCCUUGGAGCACUUGGAACAGUUUGACUGCCUUCAAAGAGAAGCCAAAUAUGCGGUCCUAAUUGACAGAGCCUUAAACGGGAAGAAGGAGUACUUCGACAAGCGUGGCACGAACUGCAGGUUUCUUGGUGCGUGUCUGCUAUUGCCGUGCCUGGCAUACGACCCGGAGAAGAACGCGUACAGCCUGGAGGGUCUGCUGGCCGGGGCAGAGGAAACAACAGAGGUGGCCAAAACCAGGGCGUUUUUUGAGGCGGUGAAGACACACAUAGAAGAGAGCUGCUUUUUGGGCUGGCCGAAGGAAGACCAAGCGCAAAAACGAAGAGACCUGUGGCUCAUGGUGCAUGCGCAGUUCGUGGAGGCGCUGGGGAGUUUGAAGCCGACGUUUCUAAACCAGAUACGCGCGCUUGCGCAGAUGACCGGGCGGCCGCAGACCGUGGUGAACGAGCUGGCAGCGCACCAGGCAGCCAUGGAUGCUGAAGGAAGCACAGAGCUGACCACUGAGGCGAUCGAGAGCGUUCGGGCGCUGCUGCGCUCGAUAGCAGUGGACAAAGAUGUGGAGGUGACGAUUGAGGAGGGCUUCAAAUACUUUGGAGCCAAAGGCCGCAUGCUUACAAUAAAUCAUGUGCCCGAACGCACCAAUAUAUGUGAAAUGACGGUGGUGUUCACACAAGAAAAGACUUGGAUGACAAAUCUAGACCUGCCACGCCGAACUCUUUCUAGCAUAGAGGAGAAUGUGUUGGGUGUGGCGGUCGCACAGUACAGGAAGGAAGCGCGGCUUUCGGGCUUUGUGCUUGCAGAGUGCGUGUACCGAAUCGCGGCUGCUAAGAACACUUUAAACUUUCCAAGCACACCAGUCGAAGAUGUGCAGGAAGCUGCGCGGUGGGCAGUUGAGUGCAGUCCGACCAGGCCAACCGGCGUGCUUAUGGCGCUGCCAGCUAUGAGCAAUUACUUCAGGGAGGGGCUUGUCACAGCGCUGGUGCUGUAUGCAGAGCAGAAGAAGAUUGUGCUGACCCCGGCACACCCAGUGGGCCGGCUGGUUGCGAACAUGAUAGGGAGCAUUGACCUUAGCGACUCGAUGAGCCGGAAUUGUGUCCUGAAAGUGCCUGCAGUCGUCAGCACUCUGCGGGUGCUGUGUCCAGCGCUGCAGCUGUCCGAAAAGUCGCAGAUGGAACUUUGGAAUUUGCGCGCGCAUGAUGUGCAUUUCGUGCCGUAUCCCUUCGAAAAUACCAAUUUGCUUAUUCGGGAAAGCCUUAUGUCGUAUCUUCGGGCGUACGCAGAGAAACAAAACGAGCCGCUGUUCAGGUGUAUUCUGCUGCAUAGGCAUUCAAUUAUAGAAAUGUAUAUCACGUAUCUGUUUACGGCGGACCCAGUGGCAUCCCUAGAAGAGGUAUGUGCGCUCGUUUUGGCAGAUCACACGGGAGAAGACCUGGUGACGGCCAAGGCCCUGACCAAUGCGCUGCGGCUGUCCUGGCUGGCGGUUCUUUUGGGGAGGGGCUUGGAGGAGAAUCAAGACGCAAUUGUCGAGAUUUACAAUAUCGUUGAGCCGGGGUAUCUUGCAAAAGAGCUUAGUGACCUUUGCAAUUUUUGGCUUGACAUAAAUCUAGAAUCUACCCUAGACGGCCUGAAUGAAGCAAGGAAUAUUCUUGUAGAGGAAGGCGGCUGCGCAAAGUUUGAAGCGCUGUAUGAACUCUACCGCCAAGUAUGCAUUAGAUUCCGGGGUUGA